AUGCGAGGCGAGGAGCAUUACAUGAGAUUGUGUGACCUACGGGCCAAAGAGGGGGACCAGCAUGCAGAGGAGAUUUACCGCUCAAAGAUGGCCCUCCAAGACGCCCUUCCCGAGGACAGUCAGGAACCUCCUUUCAUAUUGAAACACCCUGAUUUACCUGGAUGUAAGGAGUGGACGUUGGUACGGACAUUCAAGGAGGCGGUCUUGACGAAAAACGACAAGUCUUCGAAAACGACGACCUUGCAGACCGACCAGAUGCAGCUCGAUGCGGGGGCCACUCGAGCGGCGAUGACCACCAUGGCCCACGGCCUCGAGAUUGCAAUGCCGGGCGGCUCGAAUGCGGGUUCCAGCUCCGGCCUCACACGCAGGCCGUCCUCGAUGGCUUUGCCGCUGGCUCUUGGGGAUCAGGAGGCAGGCUCGACCCUGGCAACCCAACCGGAAACCAUGGACAAGAAGAAGAAAACCGCCCUCACGAACCACUCCAAGAACAAGAUUGCCCUGGCUUCCACAAAGCUAGAGGAGUCGAGUGUGCUGCAGGAGGAGAUCGCCGGGAACAAGGAUAUGUCGCAGCCGAUCCGCGACGGCUUCCUCACGGAUCUCAAGAACCACAAAGAGAGCCUUCAGCAAGCCAGGGACAAGCUGCAGGCUGAGGUGGACAAGGGCUCGGGUGAUCGGCUUCAGGAGCUUUUGGACGAGGUCACACAAAAGAUUACUAACUAUGUGCAGUCGACGAAUGGGAUGAAGAAGAUGUCGGCCGCCAGAUUGCAUUGUAGCAGUACUUGGUCCUCGAGCAUACCUUGGGGUGACAUUGCUUCGAGGGAACCAUAA